CACGCCUUUGCCCCAACACUCACUUACCGUUGGCGAUCCGAGCACACAGACUUUAUCCGGGCGGAGUAAUUGAUGACAAAGGGAUUUGUUAAGCUUAUCAAAAAUGUCGUCAUCGGAUCAAUGAUCUCUCACAGCUUUUACACCAAUCACUGCUCUUGAAAAAAGGCGGCAUUCCGCGUUGCAAUAGAGUCAUGUCUUCAUCCCUUAUCGCACAAGAAGAAGAUUCUCAAGACAAUACCUUACCUCCUUCCACAUCAUCCAAACCAGCUUCUAGACCUGGUUCUCGCCAACGUCAAGCACGCGCAAACGCAAUAACCAAAGAAGGACAAAGCAUGAAUGCAACACAACAACACGCAGGAUGGAGCAAAGAGGAGGAAGCAGAAGCGAUUGCACUAAUCAAAGAAAUUCUUUCGACAGGCAUAUCACCAAAUCAACUCAUCAUGCAAGGCUUUAGGCCUGAUCUAGUAAGUGCAUGUAGCAAUCAAGUCAACUCCGGAUCAUCUGGAGAACCUUCUACGUCAUCCGUUCAACUGGCAACACAGCCAAAAGCAAAGCGUAAACGCAGAAAAGCAGGCUCCAAAGGAAAGGAGUCAAGUGAGGCGGAUAGCAAUUCAACAGAUCCUGCAAAUGAUGAGCAUACAGCCAUACCUAGCCACACGGAGAAAGAGAGUGAUUCUCAAUAUGCAGACUUACUUCGACAAAAAGUGGAAUUGGAACGUGAGCGAACGAAACUCUUGCGUCUCGAGAGGGAAAGAGAAGCAAUUGCUCCAGAGCAAAAUGUUCAAUCUUCGGUAGAUUCUGAAAAGGUACAAGACAUAGACGAUACACAGAAUACGCUGGCUAUUGAUCCAAUGCAAGCAAUGCGUCAAGCAGCUUUGGCGUCGAUGAAGCGAAAGCGGCACAGCAAUGGACAGCAGAAAGAGGAAGGGCCAUCUUUAAAGCUUGGUCGUACAGUAGGAGAAGUUUCGCACGAUUCACAUCCCAUGACUCCCUCGUCAUCAGUACCCUUUUCACCCUUUGCGAAUCAAGGCUCAAUAGUUUUGGGGAAUGGUAGCGGAGACUUUGAAUCAAACACACCUCCUCCAAAUGCCCCACGUGGACCAAAAAAUGCUCAACCUCGGUAUCGUGACAUUGAUGCACCUUCGAACAUGGAAGCGAUUCAACGUGAAAUAGAAGCUGCUGAAGCGUUGCAAAGUAGUGAAGAUGCAGAUUUAUGGGCUAUAGAUGAUUCAAAUCAACAUUUCGAUCCUCGUGCUGCCUCUCAAAGGUCGAAGCCAUUGGCAUAUUACGAUGACGUUGCUGUUCCGGCCGGGCAGGUUGACUAUUCUGCACCUUUACCAAGUCUCACUACAACGCAACCAAAAGGUGCAAUUUCGCGGGAUCGUCCUGGGAUACAUUCGGGAGCCAAAGCAUGGCGAGAGAAUGGAUAUAUGCAGCAACGGAGUCUGCCUUCUGCACCCUCUUUUGUUCAUGUUCCGCCACGUCGUCGAUCGCCGUUUCUGCAGAACGGAACAGACCAAAGGAUCGUUUUGGAUAUAUCUGAUGAUGAAGACGGAAGUGCAAGUGAGAGCGACUCAACUGAAGAACGAAUAGCAGCUAGACUAUACCGGAAAGACAAUGCAAGGCUGAUAUAUUCGAUUUUCAAGGCAGUGAUCAAUGGAGAAAGUCCUGUGAGCGGGGCACAAGCUAGAAAUGGUUCCCCUUCUGGAUUCGAUACUAGAUCUUUAUUGCUAAGCAAGGAGAAGGAGAUCGAAUUGUUGAAGGAAAAGAUGCGAUUGCUCGAACAGAAGAAAGCUGACACAGAACAGACGAGAGCGGAAGGAGAGACGAAGCAGAUUUUGACAGAGAGCGGUCCCUCCGACAAGCAAAACAUCACUCCUUCCACCCCAGCUACAGCUUCACCAUCUUUUCCGGCAUAUGAAUCGCCUUUUACACGCUAUCCAGGUCUACGGGCGAUGAUGAAUAAAUCAAAGAGAGGAUAAUGAGUAAAAUGAUGAGGCUCCUGUUGAUUGGUAUUUAUUUAUUGGCCUAUUACAUUUUCGUUCUUGCUUUGGCCGUUCUUUGAUUGCUCGC